AUGGCUCUGAGAGGAUCGAACCUGACUUUAGAGAACAUUUCUUGUUCCAUCUGUUUGGAUCUGCUGAAGAAUCCGGUGACUACUUUCUGUGGACACAGCUACUGUCUGAAAUGUAUUAAAGCCCACUGGAAUACAGAGGACGGUAAGGGAAUCUACAGCUGCCCUCAGUGCAGGAAGACCUUCAAACCGAGGCCUGACCUAAGGAAAAACGUCCUACUAACAGAGUUAGUAGAGGAGCUGAAGACGACUGGACUCCAAGCUGCUGAUCACUGCUAUGCUGGAGCUGAAGAUGUGGCCUGUGAUGUCUGCACUGGGAGGAAGAGGAAGGCUGUCAAGUCCUGUCUGGUCUGUCUGGUCUCCUACUGUGACAACCACCUUCAGCCUCACUAUGAGGCUCCAGCUUUUAAGAAACACCAGCUGGUGGAGCCCUCCAAGAACCUCCAGCAGAACAUCUGCUCUCAUCAUGAUGAGGUGAUGGAGAUGUUCUGUCGCACUGAUCAGCAGCUGAUCUGUUGUCUCUGCUCUAUUGGGGAACAUAGAGGCCAUAAAAUAGUCUCAGCUGCAGCAGAAAAGAAGCUGGAGGAGACUCAACUGAUCAUCCAUCAGAGAAUCCAGGACAGAGAGAAAGAUGUGAAGCUGCUUCAACAGGAGCUGGAGGCCAUCAAUGUCUCUGCUGAUAAAACAGUGGAGGACAGUGAGGAGAUGUUCACCCAGAUGAUCCGUCUGAUCCAGAAGAGAAGCUCUGAGGUGAAGCAGCAGAUCAGAUCCCAGCAGGAGGCUGAAGUGAGUCGAGUCCAAGAGCUGGAGGAGAAGCUGCAGCAGGAGAUCAGUGAUCUGAAGAGGAAAGACGCUGAGCUGAAGCAGCUCUUAGAGACACCACAUCACAGCCAGCUGCUCCACAACCACCCCUCAGUGUCAGCACUCAGUGAGUCCACACACUUAUCCAGCAUCAGCACCCGUCCUCUGAGACACUUUGAGGACGUGACAGCAGCUGUGGAAGCGUUCAGAGAUCUACUACAGGACGUUUUGAGGGACGCAUGGACAACCAUCUCACUGGCCAUCACUGACGUGGAUGUUUUACUGUCAGAACCAACAACCAGAGCUGGAUUCUUAGAAUAUUCACAAGAAAUCACUCUGGAUCCAAACACAGCACACAGACGACUGGUAUUAUCUGAUGGGAACAGAAAAGUAGAACGUUUGAACCAACCUCAGUCUCAUUCUCAUCAUCCAGACAGAUUCACUGACUGGAUUCAGGUUCUGAGUAAAGAGAGUCUGACUGGACGUUGUUACUGGGAGGUGGAGUGGAGAGGAGAUCGAGCUCAUGUAGCAGUUUCAUACAAGAACAUCAGCAAAACAGGGCGUUCAUUUGAAUGUGCAUUAGGAGACAAUGACAAAUCCUGGUCUUUAUUUUGUUCCACCAAGAGCUGUGCAUUUCUGUACAACAAAACAAAAACUCCCGUCUCAGGUGGUCCUUCCUCCAGAGUAGGAGUUUACUUGGAUCACAGAGCAGGGAUUCUGUCCUUCUACAGGGUCUCUGACACCAUGACUCUCCUCCACAGAGUCCAAACCUCUUUCACUCAGCCGCUACAUGUUGGAGUUGCACUGUUUAGUACUGGAGACACUUUAAAGUUCAUUAACCCUGAAUAG